AUGGUGGGCUCAGCAGCAUCAGACAGGAGCAAAGAAGCAGUCGGGAUGAUGGCCCUUCAUGAGGCCCUCAGAAGCGUCUGUUUAAACUCAGAGUGGACUUACUCUGUCUUCUGGACCAUUCGCCCUCGCCCGAGAGUUAGAGGUGGCAAUGGUUGCAAAGUUGGAGAUGACAAUGGUAGCUUGAUGUUGAUGUGGGAAGAUGGGUUCUGCCGAGGCAGACUUGCAGACUGUUUAGAUGAGAUGGAUGGAGAGGAUCCUGUCAGAAAGGCCUUCAGCAAAAUGUCAAUUCAGUUAUAUAAUUAUGGAGAAGGGUUGAUGGGGAAAGUUGCUUCUGAUAAAUGUCAUAAAUGGGUAUUCAAAGAACCAGCUGAGUGUGAACCUAAUAUCUCCAACUACUGGCAGAGUUCAUUUGAUGCUCUUCCUCCUGAGUGGACUGAUCAGUUUGAAUCGGGCAUUCAGACUAUAGCUGUUAUUCAAGCUGGACAUGGCCUACUCCAACUGGGUUCUUGCAAGAUUAUACCUGAAGACCUUCAUUUUGUGCUGAGAAUGAGACAUAUGUUUGAAUCCUUAGGCUAUCAAUCUGGAUUUUACUUAUCCCAACUGUUUUCUUCAAACCGCAAUGCCCCAUCGUCUUCUGCACUGCCUUUAAAGCAACCGGCAAUGCCAAUCCGCCCUUUCCCACCCCUAUUCAAUUGGGGACCAAGGCCAAUCCAUUCAGCAACAUCAGUCCUUGAUGCAUCUCCAAAUUUUAAAAAUUUGGGUCGACUUGGCAUUCCUCCGUCCAAGGACGAAACACACAUGUUCCUUCAUCCCCAUUCGUCAGAAGCAAGAAUGGAAGAUAUGAUGGGAGAUCACGAAAUCGACAUCAAAUGGCCAAAUGGAUUGAGUUUCUUUAAUGCUCUAACUGGGCGAACCGAUGAUGCCAAGCUUCUGUUUAAUCCUAAUGGCCUAGGAAACAAGCCAGAGAAUCCCAACUCAGAUGCUUCAAGUUUGCACAAUAACGGUAGUGCAAAUCCUAACGAGUUCUUGACCUUGGAUAGCCACCCGGAUAGCAUUCGGAAAGUGGAGAACAAUAAGUUCAAGAGGAGCUUUACGUUACCUGCUAGAAUGUCUAAAUCUUCUUCUUCGGCUUCACUUGAUCAUCAUGCUGCACAAAAUACCGGGGAGUACAGGAAUGAAGCAGGAAUGUACUCUGAUGUUAUGGAAACUUUCUUGGAGUAA